CAUUUUCCUCUUUUUCAACUUAUAUACCUUUUCUUUUUUUCUUCUUCCAAAUUCUCCUAAUUCCAUCUUCACUUCUCUUUUUCCAAAUCAUCAAAUUUAUUUCUCUCACUCAACAACAAGUCGCACAAGUAAACAUUUUCUUCAAACAGAAAAAACAAAGCAAUUCAACUUUUUUCAGAAGUCAAUAAAAGGAAACAAACAUGGAAGAGACAGCAGCCAUUUCAGAAGUCACAGUGACAAAGGUUGUUGAAGAGGUGGAUCAUAAAGUUGAUAACAUUAAGGAAACAAAUGGAGAUUUGGCGUCUAAAGAAAUAGGCGAAGCAAAGAAAGAUGAGGAAGAUAAUGCCUCUGAUGGAGAAUUCAUUAAAGUUGAGAAGGAAGAGAAUACCUUGGAUGAUACUUCACACAAAACAGAAAGAAGCUUAGAUGCUCCCAACAGAGAAUAUCUGGAAGCACAGGAGAAGAUUCAGGAACUUGAGGUUGAACUGAAAACACUAGCAGAAUCUUUGAAGACCUCUGAACAUGAAAAUGCUCAGUUGAAGGGAGACAUCUCGAAUACAAAAGAGAAAUUGGAAGAAAGUGGAAAGAAAUACGAAGAGCUCGGACUAAGUCACAAGAAACUGCAAGAGCAAAUUGUUGAAGCUGAGAAUAAAUACAAUCUGCAGCUCAGCACUCUUGAAGAGGCACUUCAAAGUCAAGAAGUUAAGCAGAAAGAGCUUCUUCAAGUGAAGGAAGCAUUUGAUGAUUUGAAUGUUCAACUCGAAAGCUCACGAAAGAGGACACAGGAAUUGGAGAGUGAGCUGCAACUUUCUAUCGAUGAGGCACGGAAGUUCGAUGAGCUGCAUAAGCAAAGUGGUUCGCAUGCUGAAUCUGAAGGAAACAAGGCCAUAGAAUUUGAGAGACAACUUGAAGAAGCGAAAUUGAGUGCAAAAAGCAAGGAAGACGAGAUAGCUUCGUUGAAGGAAGAAUUGAAGGGACUUAAUGAUAAGAUUGUUGAAAAUCAUAAAGUUGAAGAAGCACUUAAAACAACUGCAGCAGAACUCUCUACUAUCCAAGAGGAGUUGACACUCUCCAAAACACAGAUAUUGGAAGUUGAGCAAAGACUGUCUUCAAGAGACUCUUUAGUAGACGAGUUGACUCAGGAAUUAAACUUGAGAAAGACUUCAGAAACACAGAUAAAAGAAGACAUAUCUGCACUUCAAAAUCUGCUUGUCUCUACAAAGGAAGAGCUACAAGAAAAAGUUUCUGAGUUGGAAAGUGCAAAGCUCAAGUUGCAGGAGGAAGAAAAAUUGAGAGAAUCAAUUGAAGUUGCAUCCAAGAGUCAGGAAGCACAGUUUCUCUCUGCACAAGAGGAACUGACUAAGCUUAAUACAAGACUUGAGGAAACUGUUGAAGAUCUAACCAUUAAUGUGAAACAGUUUAAGGAGUUGUCCACUGAUUUAGAGGAAAAACUGAAGCUUUCGGAGGAAAGUUUUAAUAAAACAGAUUCUCUUUUAUCUGAGGCACUUUCGAACAAUUCGGAGCUUGAGCAGAAGGUGAAGUCUUUGGAGGAUCUUCAUAAUGAAACGGGGGCUGUUGCAGCUACUGCUAGUCAAAGGAGUAUUGAACUUGAGGGACAUGUUGAAGCUUCGAAUGCAGCUGCCGAAGAGGCAAAAUCGCAGCUAAGAGAGCUGGAGUCACGCUUCAUAGCCGCGGAGCAGAAGAAUGUGGAGCUUGAGCAACAGCUGAAUUUAGCACAAUUGAAAGCCAAUGAUGCUGAGAGAGACGUGACCGAAUUCUCAGAGAAAAUUUCUCAUCUCGUUGCCAAAUUGAAUGAGGCCGAGGAAGAGAAGCAUCUUUUUAAUAGCCAACUGCAGGAGUACGUGGAUAAGGUUAGCCAACUUGAAUCAGACUUAAAUCAAUCAUCCAAGCAGAAUUCACAAUUAGAGGAGGAGCUGAAGAUAGUCAAUGAGAAAUGUUCUGAGCACGAAGACCGAGCCACAAUGAACAAUCAGCGCAGCCGCGAACUAGAAGAUUUGAUUCAGGGCUCUCAUUCCAAAUUGGAAGGUGCUGAAAAGAGAGUGAGUGAGUUGGAGUUGCUACUUGAAACAGAAAAGUACAGAAUUCAGGAACUUGAACAACAAAUAAGCACAUUAGAAAAGAGAUGUACUGAUUCAGAAGAACAUGCCAAUAAAAAUCUUGACAGUGUGUCUUAUCUGACAUCAGAACUCGAAGCAUUUCAAGCACGGACCUCAAGCCUCGAAACUACACUGCAAGCAGCUAAUGAAAGGGAAAUAGAGUUGAAAGAUUCUUUAAAUGCUGUGACAGAUGAAAAGAAAAAGUUAGAAGAUGCUUUAAACAAUUUGAGUGUGAAGCUUUCUGAGGCGGAAAACCUAUUGGAAAUUGUGAGGGAUGAUUUAAAUAUUACACAAGUUAAGUUGCAAAGCACUGAAACUGAUCUCAAGGCUGCUGAAUUGAGAGAGAGUGAGUUAUUAGAAAAACUUAAUGCUACUGAAGAAAAUCUAACUGUAAGGGGAAGAGAUAUAGAACUUCAUGCUGCAAGAAACUUGGAACUUGAAUCAUUACACGAGUCUCUGACGAGAGAUUCUGAACAGAAGCUCCAAGAAGCUAUAGAAAAAUUCAACAGCAAAGAUUCUGAGGUUCAAUCUCUGCUUGAGAAAAUUAAGAUUUUGGAGGAACUUGUUGCGGGGGCCGGGGAACAGUCUUUAUCUUUGAAGAAUCAAUUUGAAGAGAGUUUGAGCACACUGGCUUCAUUGCAAAGUGAAAAUGAAGAUUUGAAAAGGCAAAUUAUUGGAGCUGAGGACAAGAUUUCACAGUCAUUUUCUGAGAAUGAAUUACUUGUUGGAACAAACAUUCAACUGAAAACCAAGAUUAAUGAACUUCAGGAGUCAUUGAACAGUGUUCUAUCAGAGAAGGAAGACACUGCUCAAGAACUUGUGUCUCAUAAGAACUUACUUGCUGAAUUGAAUGAUGCGCAAUCAAAAUCCUUCGAAAUUCAUUCUGCCAAUGAAGCACGCGUCCUCGAAGUCGAAUCACAGUUACAAGAAGCAUUGCAGAAGCACACUGAGAAGGAAUCAGAAACCAAAGAAUUGAAUGAGAAGCUGAAUACUCUUGAAGGACAGAUAAAGAUUUAUGAAGAACAGGUGCGUGAAACUGUUGCAACCUCUGAAACUCAUAAAGCUGAGCUGGAGGAGAGUCUCAUAAAAUUAAAGAAUCUUGAAGCAGUAGUUGAGGAGCUUCAAAACAAGUCACUUCACCAUGAAAAGGAAACUGCUGGAAUAAAUGAGGAAAAAUCAAAACUUAUUCAGGACUUAGCUAGCUAUGAAUCCAAAUUAAGUGAUUUACAGUCAAAGCUCUCCGCAGCACUUGUCGAGAAGGACGAAACAGUUAAAGAGAUACUCACAUCGAAGAAUGCCGCUGAAGACUUGGUGACAAAGCAAAGUGAAGAAGUACAAACAUUGAAGUCACAGAUAUCUUCAGUAAUAGAUGAGAAGAACUUGCUUGAUGAGACUAAUCAGAAUUUAAAGAAGGAACUUGAGACUUUGAUUCUUGACCUUGAAGAGAAGUUGAAGGAAAGUCAAAAAAUCGAAGAAUCUCUGAAAUCUGAAGUUGAAACUCUCAAAGUUGAGAUUGCUGAGAAAUCUGUGUUGCAAAGUCGGCUGCAAGAAAUCGAAAAGCAAUUGGUGAAAGCUGAAUCUAGACUAAAUGAAGAGGUUGGAAGUGUUCAGGCUGCUGCAUCUCAAAGAGAAGUAGAUUUGAGUUCAAAAUUUGAAGAUUAUGAACAAAAAGUCAAAGAAAUUACUGUGCUGAAUGGAAAGGUGGUAGAACUUGAGAAAGAGUUGCAACUUGCACAGGCUACUAUAGCUAACCAGCAGAAAGGCGCAGAAUCUGAGAAGUUGGAACUAGAGGCAGCUCUGAAGAAUUCUGUAGAAGAACUUGAAACUAAGAAAAGUGAAAUCUCUCUUCUACAGAAACAAGUAAUAGAUUUUGAGCAGAAAUUGCAACAGGGUGGUGAGAAAAUCUCAGUCCAGGGAGAGGAGGGUGUUCAUAACAAGGAUGGGUUGGAAGUGAAAUCGAGGGACGUUAACUUCUCAGCCCCAUCGAAGAGGAAGAGCAAGAAAAAAUCAGAAGCAACAACUACUCAAGCAUCAUCUUCUUCGUCGGAGACUCACACUCAAACUGGCCAGGAUUCGCCUGUCGUGAAUUUCAAGUUCAUCCUCGCAGUAGCUCUUGUAUCCAUUAUCGUCGGCAUAGUUCUUGGAAAGCGCUACUAGUGAUGGCAGUAUGCAUUUUCUUAUGGGUAUUAAAUCCUCAUGUUCUUUUUUCUUCAUGGUUUUUCUAUCAGAUUGAAAGCUUUCUUUGCAUAUAUGCUUUCAAACUCCAGACUUGAGUUUGGUUAGGGAACUUCUUUUUUGUGUCUAUCCCUUGCCCGUGUGCAAAAAAAAAAAGGAUUUGAUUUAUGUUUUGUUUAUAGUUUGGAUUAUUACAAUUUGAUUGCGGUUGCUUUACUUUGGAGUAUAUUUUUCUUCUAAACUGAUAAUUUGAGUGUAGGAUUUGGGGGCA